AUGGCAUCCCUCGGCGGCAUCAUGGUGGCGAUCAUCACACCCUUCACAGAUGACCGCACCAAAAUCGACGAAGGCCGCCUCCAGCAACACAUUGAGCAUCUCAUCACAGCAGGCUGCCAUGGCCUCGUACCAGGCGGCAGCACAGGCGAAUUCACAACCCUUAGCUUUGCCGAACGCAAGCAGUUAACAGAGCUGUGCGUGAAGUUCGCCGCAGGCCGUGUCCCCGUUGUUGCCGGAACUGGCAGCACCUCCACUGAGGAAGCCGUCGAGCUCUCCGUGCACGCAGCCAAAGUCGGUGCCGCCGCUACAAUGGUUGUACCUCCCUUCUAUGACCCGGUCAACCUGGAGCAGUUGCACGAGAUGCUCAAUGAUAUCUACACUGCCUCCAGCUUGCCAAUUGUCUUCUACAACAUCCCCUCCGCCAGUGGCUUGACGCUUUCGCCUACUGAGAUCGCGGGACUCGCCAAGGUUGGCGUGAAGUACCUGAAGGAUACCUCUGGUAAUGCGCCUGCGCUUACAGAGUUGAUCUUUGGUCUCUCCGAUCAGAUUACUGCAUUCAAUGGAUGGGAUACUUUGACAUUCUACGGUCUUGCUGCUGGCGCGCCUGGCGGUGUUUGGGGUGCUGCCAACAUUAUUCCCGAGUUAGCCGUUGAGCUUUGGGAUGCCGUUUCUGUAAAGGGCGACCUCAAGCGUGGACGUGAAAUCUGGGCCAAGACCUGGCCUGUUUGCAAAUUCUUGGAGUCGCAUAACUAUGCUGCUGCGGUUAAGACUGGCUGUGAAUUGAUUGGACAGCCUACUGGUGGCUUGCGCAAGCCUUUUGCUUUGCUUAGCCCCGAGUUAACGGCUGAGCUUAAGCAAUUGUUGCAAAACGCUGGUGUUAAGACUAUCUAG